AGUGGGUCAGUGAGUAUGGGAAUGGCAAGGGAAUUUAGUGCUAGUUGAAUAAAUUCUUUUUUUUGUGGGAAUUAUUGCGUGAUUUUUUGUUUUUGUGAAAAGUUGCGGUGAUUUAUUGAGCGAUGUUCGAUUUGAAUUCAGAUCAGAAGUAUUGAAUAUUUGAGCCCAAUUUUAAACUAUUGUAUUAAAAAAUAUCGCCCUUUUUAAUAAUAUUUAUCCGUUUAAAAAUGUGGGAUAACGUUAUCGAAUAUCUAAAGGAUCCUCUCCUUGUUGUGAAAGUCCAAAAUUUCUUCGGAGUAAUUUACAAAAGUAAUAUUCGCCAGUGCGAUGACUCAACCGAAGUAUUACAUCCUGAUAAGUUGGAGCACGUGAGUGAAGAGUUUGAUUUAAAACAACAUAAAAGAAUUCCGAGUAACAUAUCGAGCAGUUCACAGUCCUCCUACGACACCGAUAGCUCUUGGGAAAGCAGCGGCAAAGAUGAAAUUGUGUGUACAGUGAACAAUAGGUUCUGGUACUAUUUAUUUGUAGUGGGCACUGCACUUGGAGAUGAAAUAUUUUAUGCUACCUUUAUACCUUUUUGGUUCUGGAACAUUGAUGGUGCUGUUGGCAGAAGAGUUGUGCUGGUAUGGACUGUCGUCAUGUAUAUUGGCCAAGGCAUCAAGGAUAUUGUUAGAUGGCCAAGGCCAGGUUACCCAGUCAAGAAACUUCAAGAAAAAUGGGCUAUAGAGUAUGGCAUGCCCUCGACACAUGCUAUGGUUGGAGUGUCUAUACCAUUUUCUGUCCUAUUGUACACUAUAGAUAGAUAUCAAUAUCCUGAACACUGGGGUGUUGUCAUAGCUGUUGCAUGGUGCACAUUGAUAUGUGUCAGCAGAGUCUACCUUGGAAUGCACAGUGUACUGGACAUAGCAGCAGGAUUGCUACUGUCAUCAUUGCUGCUUGUGGUGCUAAUUCCUGUAGUGGAUUGGCUUGAUGGACUCCUGUUGACAAACAAUUUUGCACCUCUUAUCGUUAUUACAUUGUCUAUAUUAGCCAUUGUAUUUUAUCCUGAUGCUGAUAAGUGGACACCAACAAGAGGCGACACCACGAUGAUAGUGAGCGUCUGCGCGGGCAUCCUCACAGGCUCUUGGACAAACUACCAGCUCGGCAACAUGGUGGCCAGCGACCAGGCCCCGCCCUACCAGAUCAUCUGGCCAUCAGUAGAGAUGCUGGGAUGCACCAUCCUCCGGACCAUUCUCGGCUUCUGCGGAGUCCUAGCAACCCGCGCCAUAGGCAAGUCCCUCUCCUACGCCUUCAUAUCCGCCCUUCUAGGCAAAGACAAGAACGAACUCCUCAACUCCGAGAACAGCCUCGACAACAAGAACAAGAUCACCGUAGAACUCUGCUACAAGUACUUUACGUACGGAAUGAUCGGAUUCAAUACUACAUACGUUUUCCCCAACGUGUUCGGUUUGCUGCGAAUCAACAGGCUUACUUACUACACCGAAAUUUGAUGCUAGUCGUGUAUAAUUCUUUUAGUUGUCACCUAAAAAGAUUAAAUUAUAACCUUAGGAGAGGCUGGCGCCGCUGUGACCAGGAGCUGUAUUUUUGAUUCGCUCGUCUGACAUAGUAUCGUCGAAUGCGACUUAAGUCGCUUUCGACUUCCAAUUUGCAUGAUACUGAUUAUCCGUAUUUUUGAAUCGUUCAUUUACGGUGUUACCAGUAUAAUACAUAAUAUUUACUUUUAUUAAUUUCACGGAUAAAGAUAAAAAGCAGUCGUUACCGUUUUGAAAAAAGACUAACUGAUUAUAUAAUCUUUUGCCUUUUUUGUUAAAAAAGAUCAAAUCGUCAUGUUAUCUGUAUUUUAAAAGAUUGAGAAAAAAAUCUUGAUAAUAUCUGACAUAAAUUUGAUAAUUAUUCUACCAUUCGCCUCUAUCAUUCGCCAACGCGCAACGAGUGGUCGAGACCGCUCAUUGACGCCGUGUGAUACAAAAAUACGGAAUUUAUUAUGUCGAAAAAAAUUUAUUUUAUAUUAAAAUUUAUUUAAAUUUAUUAUUUAAGAUUCAAAAAUAGAGCUCUUGGCAAUGGGGUUUUCAUAGUAAUAUUGGGUGCGAAUUAUCGUAGUUCUUUUGGUACGAUGACUUUCGCACCAGUGCUUACCACCUAGCACUCCCCAUGAAAUCUUAAUUGCCACUUCCUCCUUCUUAUAGAAAACUGCAGAUAAUACACACAUCAGCAAUGCAGAAAAAAUACUAUUUGAAUAUAGAUGCAAGGCGAAUCUGUACUAUAUAAUAUCGCUGUCCCACUAGUGCAAUGGACCAAGUCUCAUGAUAGGCUAAAGUGGGAUGAUUAUAGCCGAGUAGUUUCAUGGCAUUAGCGAGUGAUACUGGUGUGGUCUAGAGGCUCGAGACGGAGAGGAAACUCCUCCCGUGGGGAGAUGCCAUCCGCCUGGAAUACAUCUAGAGGCACUUAGGAUCUCGCCGUCCCCAAACCCGGUGAAGCUGUAAAGGUCAUCUGCGACCAACAGCAUACACAAUAAAAAAAAUUAUACUGUUGUUUACUAAUUAUUAUGUCCCAGUAGUCCCAUAGGAUAUUAAUUAUUAUGAUAGUUCCACUGCUAAAAUUACUUUAAGUCACAAUUACUUUGGUAAGCCUAUUUAUUACCUUGUCUAUAAGGUUCAGUUUUCCCUGUCAGCUAUCCUAGCAAAGGACUCCACAAACUACUUUUUCAUCAGUACCCUUAGUACGAACUAAUAUCAAAUUCGUUAUGUUGGCGAGUGCGAAAUGUCAUUGAGAAAUUUUGUAUGGAAAAUUGAACAGCAGCGACACAACGCACGUAACAAGAACUAAAAAUCGGUACUAUUUUGAUGUGUAUUUAGAUAGAAUUCAAGUAUUCGCAUUCUAUAACAAAAUUGUUCGUGCUAAGGGGAUAGGUAGUUUAGUAAAGAAGUUUGCUGGGAUUCGAAUAACAAUUUUUUUUUAUUAAUUGUUGCAUCUUUGUGUUAGAAGUCACUACGAAAAUAAACAAAUACGAAAAAACAAUAAAGACUUCCGUCCUUUUAUCGAAACGCGAAAAACUAUAUAUUUUUCGUGUUUCGAUUAACGAAAGUUAAUUAAACAAAUUAACGACAACUUUAAGGGCCUCAUAUACGGAACGAUUCGUCGUUUGCGAUCGAUCGUUCAGAAAUGCCACUACAUACACGAAACACUGUCGAUCGAUCGUUUACGAUAUUCAUGAUUGCAUGGGAUUUGGUUGCGAUUUGCGAUAUCGUCUUCGAUUAAGUAAAUCGUUAACGAUCUUGACAUACACUGUCGAUCCAUCGUUUCGAUCGGUCUGAAACGACGGAUCGUACAGAUCAAUCGUACCGUAUAUGGGACACUGUCGAUCGAUCGUUUACGAUAUUCAUGAUUGCAUGGGUUUUUGCUGUGAUCUCCGAUAUCGUCUGCGAUUAAGUAAAUCGUUAACGAUCUUGACAUAUACUGUCGAUGCAUCGUUUCGAUUGGUCUGAAACGACGGAUCGUACAGAUCAAUCGUUCCGUAUAUGGGCCCCUUUAGUAGUUUUCUUUAAUUUAGAGAGAAAAAUAUGAACCGUGCCUUUUUAUGAGUGCUUGAUUGUUGUGUUAUAUUGUAAUAACUGUUGUGGUGCAUUUGAUACUACUACCAGUAGAAAUACAUCCCAUUACAUAAAAAUGUCUCAAUUUACAUAGAGUCAAAUUCAAAUAAUUUUAAGAGGGAAGCGCGCUAUGUUUUUUCCAUACAAAAGUUUUCGACUGAUUCCUCCUUGAUUAUUAUCAGUAACGAAUUGAUUUUUAUACAUAAAAUAUAUAUUUUACUCACUCUAUGCUCCUAUGUCUUCCUUUAUUCGAUAACUUGGUGUUUCAAAAGAAACUAGACUUUAGCUUAUUAAAUCUCCACACUAGACAUCUUUAGUGUGAUAAAAAUAUUUUGGCCACAAAUAAACAUUCGACCUCCGUGGCCGAGUGGUUUGUACGCCGGGUUUCAUGGUGUCGCCGACUCGAGAGGUCCUGGAUUCAAAUCUCGGUGGGAGCAGAUGUUUGUAUGAUGAAUACGAGCAUUUGUACUCCAGUCAUGGAUGUUUAAUAUGUAUUUUCUAUACAAAUAUACUUAUAUAUGUACAGUAUAUGUAUUCUAUCCGUUACCCUAGUAUCCCAUAACACAAGCCUUACAGUGCUUACUUUGGGGCUAGGCUAAUUGGUGUUUUUUAAAAAAAAACUUUAAUUUUUUUUUAAUGUUUAUUUGUGGCCUUUUUUGAGGGCAAUAAUAAACAUUUUUUUAUUACACUGUGUAUACUAAGCAUUUACAAAAAAUCAAAACAUACAGGCAUAGAACAACUACUAAUUAUUCUAUGUGUCAAAUUUCUUUUACAUAUAUCUAAUUUUCGAGGAGGAAAUCAUCGAGAGCCAAAACUCGCAUUUUGCGUUACCUACUGUUGUCUCUAUCAAACGGUAUUUGCCAAUGCGUGACAGCAAUCGUUUUUUCAAAUACCUAUUUCUCAAAUGUCUCUCAGCUCGCGUCCGCUUUUAACGUACGUGCGUGACUUAGGGGCAAGCUGUGUAUAGCCCACUCCCCUUCUGGCCGAGUCAGCCGUGUUGCUCUAUGGUAUGGCCUUUUUAAAGCAAAAUAAAAUACCUAUUUCUAAAAUAAUUAUUAAGAUUUCUGAAUUAAAAUUUAUUUUUACACAAUGGUCUUCCAAACUGUGUUAUGUAUCAUUGACCAUUUCUCCUAAUGACAAUCCUGCUUGUUAUAGCACGUCUUUUAAAGUAUUGUCGUUUAUGAGCACUCUUUUAAUAUCAAUGCACAUAAGUUAUAUAAGUCGCGGCUAGGGAAUGCAAUCUCGUUCUCGCGAGAUCUCGGCCUUUUUUAGCGAGAUUGAUCUGGGACGAAAAAAGGCAAGAUCUCGCGAGUUUAACGAGAUUGCACUUGAGCAUAAAAAUGUCUUUUACGAAGCGCGGACUGACACGGACAGGGUUGCAAUCUGUCGGUUUCUUUCGGUGCGGCUCACGGACGAGGUGUUUCUCAGAUUCGUUCGUGCGUCCGAUUGGUCGAAAGUUUAUCCGGGGCUUGCAGCGUCAUGCACCCAUUUGGUUUUUUUGCUAAUAGUUGUUGCUAGCUAACGUGAUUGAGUUCGAUUGCAUUCGAGUAUUUUUUUUUUGGUAAUUUUGAUGCAUAAAAGUUUAUUGAAAUACAUCGUGAAAAUAUAAC